GGGCGGAGCUCAUAGAAAGCCCAUACAUAACCAUGUGUGUGUGUAGGUAUGAUUGUGUAAAGUACAACAUACAUACGGAAAAGUGCAUAUAUCAUUAGGUUUUUUAAAAUUGAGCAUUUACUAUAUGACAGGUAAGUUUAACAUUAUAAGCCACAUUUUAUGAAUGGAGAAAUUGGGAUUCAGAGAUCCUAAGCAAUAUGUCCAAGGUCACACAGCUAGUAUGUGAUGGAGAGGGAUAUGAACCCAGGCAGUCUGUCUCUAAACUACCUAAACCCUAAAACCUCUAUUACAUGCCUUUCAAUGGUGUCUGCCACGGCGGGGCAGGGUGGGAAGGAGGUGGUUGAGGAGCCAAGGUGUGUUAAAACUUUCCUCUCUCUCCCCAUCCUGCCUAGGGAGACUGCUGCCCAACACAGGACCAGAGUCCUUCCUCCUGGUUUCCCCAGCUGGGAGCAGGGGAUCAGAGCCCUUGGUGGGGGAAGCCAACCCACCUGCACUCCCCCAACCAGUGCCCUCCCUCUGGCUCUCUGCCCUCUCUGCCCUCCUACCACUCUCCCCACGGCAGAGGGACCCUGGGUCAGGGAGGGAAAGGCCCAGGCUAGUUUCCCCACCUGCAGGGCUGCUCUCAGCCCCGCUCCUGCUGAGUCUGCACUGUUCAAAGUCACCUUGCGAGUGUCUCGCAUGCCAGGGAAGGCAGCCAGUGGGAGAGAAGCAGAUGGGCGGUUGACAUGGGCAGCAUGGAGGGAACAUCUACAGCUAUCAAGAGGGAGGGGGCCAGGGGAGGUGAUGUACAACCUGGAACCUGGAACCUGGAGUUUGGGGCUACGAUCUGGGCUGAGGGCCUGCCCAGGGGUGAGCCUAGAACCUUUGGCUGACUCUGGAACUGGGUUCAUGUGGCCGGUCUGUGGGUCUGGUGAGCCACUGGAUGUAAACUCUGGAACCUGAAUGGGAGUGUGAAACUGGAGGGGGUAGAUCCGACACCUGCAGCCACCUGAGAGCCACGACGUUCCCAGGAACCAGAGCUUCACUCCAAAGAAAGCUUAAUCAGUCCUAACCCCUUUCCUUUCUUUCCCGGGAACCAAGAAAACAAAGCAGGGAGGGAAGGAAGGAACCCAGAGCCCACUGCCCCACCCUACGUGUCUCUGGCCCCUGGGAUUUGCCUUCUCUGCUUCUCUGCAGGCUCUGGACAGGCAGGGGUGUAGGGGGAGCCGACAGAGCUGCCUUCAGAUCUCCCCUGCCACUUACUGACUCUGGGAAAAAUCACUUCACUUCUCCGGUUAACAUUCUCUAUAACAUGGGGAUACCACCCACCUUGUGUUUUAUCACACAGACAAAAUGCCCAAGACACAGUUAGCUUUCACUCCCCUUCCCUCCCCCGACUUCCCACUGGAGAACCUCUCUCCUUCCUUGGGGGCAGGGCCCAGGAAGUAGAGACAAGCAGACCCUCCUCCAGGCACCAUCCCUAGCUGGCACUGGCAGGGGGGCACUUGCGAAUUGAGGGAAUCUAUUGGAAAUUCUGCAGAAACAGUGGGAUGUUGGAGCUAUGUGCUGGCGCAUUGUUGGGAACAGGCUGAAACACUCUUAGGGGAACACCAGUGCUCUUGGAUACACACUGAGAUAACACUACAAGUCUACUGUGGGGUAUCUGGAGCAACUCGGGCGCUACUAGAGUGUUCCUGGGAUUCUGACCACCAGUGCUGGGGGCCUUACAGGGAUUCCACUGGAGAGACCCUGGGGCACAAGGAGAAUGACGGGAGUUGCUGGAGACAUCCUGGAAGGUUACUGGGACACUUUCUGAGGUGUCACUGGGAGCAAAAGCACACUGCUGGGCAUUCAGCACCCAAGGGUUGCAGAGGGCAGAAUGCCAAUUGGGGCCUUGUGGGAGUCCUAGGGGCUUCCUGUGGGGCACUCAUGGGUUCCACUAGCUGCUGCACUCUAGGCUGCUCUUCUCUUGAUGAAGAGCACAGGUGGGUACGGGUGCAGCCUGCGUGGGGGAACAGAAGCAGGGCCACACUGCCCUGGAAGAGGGGGUAAGCAUCUGGCCUUUUGAUUGGGCAGCAACCACCAAUCUGUGCUUCCUAGCUGUGGUGGCAGCUGCAGGAGAGUGUGCAGCCUACUGUGGAAAACCACCCCUGAAGUGGGGAGCAGCUCCACCUGACUCCUGGGAGUCCUGCCUGGGGUCAGCCCCCCAAACUCAGGCCCAGCCCUACCUCCACCCCCAGGGGGACAGGAUACCUGGGGACUGGGAGGCUGGACAGUUGGCAGGAAGGGCCCUCUCAGGGCUGAAGCAGUAAGACUCAGUAGGGGCCUCAUCCACAACAAAGCCCCUCUGUGUAGCCCUGGAGCUCGAGCACAGGGGUCUAGAAAGGACUCAGAGCCAGUGCACACCCGGAAACACUUGGCAGAGAAUGGCCUCCCCACAGCUGUGGCACCAAAGAGAGGUAAGAACAACCUAAGUCCAUGCUAGAGGGUCACAUGUGAGUCCUUCCCAUCUCACAGAAGACUGCCAGAGAGGAGACGGAAAUGCAGACACAACCGAGGAGCAGAAGGGCCAAGCCUAUGGAACCCUGCUACCAGUGGGCAGACGGUACAGAUGUCCACUAACCAAAAGGGUGACAGGAGGAAGGUUGAGGUCAAGUUCUAGGAAAGGACCAGGCUCCUUUUAAAGAUCUAGAUAUGGUCAGAGUAAGAAGCAAAAAAGGCAAAAGAGACAAAGUCUUGGGCAUGUGCAGCAUCAACGAGCAGGUAUUCAACACCUACUACACACCAGCUGAGUCCACCAACUUGAGUCCUCAUCCCCAAGGUGUCCCCAAGCAACAUCAUCAUCUCUCCUUCUCCGUUUGCCUCUUCUCAGGGAAUAGCACCCCUCCACACCAGAAACCUGGAAAUAAACCUGCACCCCACUCUCUCCCUCACCUCUCCUGGCCACUCAGAGACCAGAUCCUGCCUUUUCUGCCUCAUGACAAAUCUCUCUCCUCCUACUUGGGCCACACACCACAGCUGCAUCCAUCAUCUCUCACACAGAUUGCCUCUGGGUUGGGACCCUUCCUCCAGCCUUGCCCAUCUCCACGCUAUGACCGAAACAGUCUUUCUAAAACACAGUUCUAGUCAUGCCUGUCCCCUGCACAGAGCCCUUUCUUGCCUCCUCAGAGCCCACAAAAUAGUCUCAAAAGUCCGUGGAAUAAAAUGCCCUUCAGCCCUACAGCUCCCCAGCACAAUCUAUCCUCCAGUCAUCCCAAACGCCUUGCCAGUCUCUAACCUUCUAUCUCUCUCCCUCCUCUGGGCCUCUGCACAUGCUGUUCCCUUGUCUGUCUCCCACGAGUCCUUGAGACUGUCUGCAGCUUUGCACCCUGAGCACUUGGUACAUAGAGGUGAAGUCUCUCCUGAAUGAAUGGAUGAAUGACUACGGGAAAGGAUAAAUGAAAAAUCCCGUGAAGUUGCAUUAUUUCCCCCUAAUUAUUAUAACAAAUAGGAAACAGAUUCAGAGAAGUGAAGCAACUUACCCAAGGUCACCCAGAAUCAUGACCUCAUCCCACCACCCUUUGCUGCCUCAGAAGAACCUGGGGAGACCCAAUGCAAAAGAAAGAACAGAAUAAGAACCCAGGCUGGGUUCAGGAGCAGCACAGGGCAGGAGUCAGUAAUGGUCAGGGAGAGAAGACAGAGAACGAGGACGGUGGAAGGUCGGUGCCGGUGGUUAAACAGCAGACGAUGAAGGAAGGGGCUUCAGAGUCCGGGUGUUUCAGGCAGCUAUCACUGGGGUCUUACUAGGAAAAAAUUGUCCUCCUCCAGGAAUCAGAAUGGGACUAGAGAAAAUCCUGGGGCUGGAGUGAAGACAGAACCUGCAGACAGUGACAUUAGCCAGUGCUGGCCAUGGUGACAAGGCUGUAUACAGGUUAUUAAGCCUGGAUUAAUGGUGGGAGUCCUGAAAGAGAAGUAACUCUUCCUCAUUCCCAAACCCCCACUAGGGGGGAAAAUGUACUUAUGUGUCCCAGUCUCAGGAAGAGAAAUCUGGGGACACACAGGCUGGACCUCUGAGCUGUGCAAAUGUCAGCUUCUGAACCCUGGGUGGUAACAGCUGUUAGGAAAUCUGAGAUCCUUGGGGAAAAGAUAUAGGAUAGAUAACCCUAUUGUCCCUAUUCCCCACCUCCUAGCCUCUUUUCUGAGUCCUCCCCAUCCUUCAAAGGCCAGUUCCCCAGCCCAGCCCUUCCCAGAAGCCUUCCCCAUUUCCAGGACACACUGCUCCUUUGAAUGACAACAGCUUCUUACCAGGCCCUUGACCUUCCAGCUUGUUCUGUGGUCUUCUCUGGACAUGGAAGGCCAUCUCCCUGAGGCCCAUGGUGACUGGGGUAGAGCAGUGGGAUGGAUCAGCCACCUCACCCUAGGCCUGGCCCCAGCCCCAUGCACACCUGCUCAGGGCUCAAGGCUCUAGGGUCUGAUAGGAGGCAGCUGUUUUAUUAAAAAGACUAUGCCAGCAGCUGCCCUACUUUAGUGGAUGGGACCCAGGAUGGCUGCAUGCUCUGGAAAGUACCAACAGUACUGCUGGGCCAGAGGAGCUCAGCCACCUCUGCCCCCAGCCUUGACUGGCCAAAUCACCCAAGCCAAAGCAGCUCUUAGGCAUGCCCUGUCUGGGGAAACUUGGACAAGAGAAGGGCAAGUCACUUGGCUCAGGACAUUGACUUAGUUCCUCUGUGCCCCCCCGAGUCAGGGACGCUUGGACCCAGGGUAACCAUGAGGCCCCAGGCAACAUCAUGCACCUGUGCACCCUCACUGUCACCUUCCAGCACUGCAGUUAUGCUCCUGGGUAUCUCUUCACUAGAUCUGAGGAAAUCUGUGUGGCUGAAUGAGGAUAUGCCCACCAGUCCCCUACACAGAGGCCUCCUCACCAUCGCCCCUGGCCCAGACCUGUGAGAGCAGCUGGUAUAGGCCAGUGGAAAGCAGCAAAGAAGCUUUGCACAGCACCCAUCCCUUUGUGGUGGCUGGUCUGCCUCCCCUCUCCCCAUCCCUCCUGCUGCUCAGUCAGUUCCAGCCUCACCACGGGGCAACAAGGAUGUGCAGGAGAGGAACCGAGGAUCAGCACAGCCAGCCCCAGCCCUGGCCACCCACUCCUCUGGCAGCACUGAGCCCCAUCAUCAGGGGCUAAUUAAAUCCCCCUAAUGAGGAAAUAAGGAUGCAGGAGCCGGCUCCGCCAUGGCCUCCCCGGCCCACCGCCCUCGCCUCUCCAUUGGACUUAUCGCUCGUCACAGGAUGUUUACAAUAAUUUUUAAUUUGUGCAAUUAUUAAUCACUUUUCUAUCUGCCUCAUUUGCAUAAUAAUUAGUCAUCUCACUGUUUGGCAUGCCUGUGAAUGACAGUGUUUUAAAUUGAAUUAAGAUUUUAAUAUUCUAUUUUCCUGCUUUCUUCCCCCUCCACACGCUAAUCAAAGUCAGAUUUGGCAGCCAGAGGGAGGGUGGGGAGGAGGUUGGCAGGCACUGGACUUGGCCUGCUCAGCGCUCCUGAGAACUGUGCUGGGAAGAGGGCUUGUAUGGAGAAGACAACAGCAACCACCGGUCACCCAAAACCUGGCACUCGCAGGGUUAACCCAGCCCUGCCUAAUGAGUAGAGGUAACGAGGAGUGGGCAAAGGCAGUUGGGGAGGGAGGUGGUCACACUGGCUCAGUGGCACCAGAGAUCAAGAAAAGCACUUUCAUUUUUUCCAAACAGGCUGGUUUUUGCGAGGGGAAGUUGGAAGGCACAUUACAAGCCAGUAGUUGAUCCCUGAUUACUAGUCUAGGUUAACUUUGAUGGCUCGGGGUCCCCCGGGCAGAGAAGCAGGCUGGAGCAGUAGAAAACCCAUUGUCAUUCCUCAGAUGGGCUGAGAAAACAGAUCUCUGUGGGUGAGUUUGGUUCUCCUUCCCGCUCCGGAGCCACCUCCUCUCCACACAUCAGCAGACCCUCUGCCGGCUUCACAGCCUGCACCAGGGAGUGUCGGGUUUCCACUGACAAGGGGCAACAAGCAGGGGCAUGUGGUCCUCUGUCGGGGCCAGGGGUGGGUUUCUCUCUCUCUUCCUUACCCUCAAGCCCCUCUCUGACCCGUGCGCCCCCCCGCCCCCCCCACCGCUAUUUGCCUUGCGUGUUGCCAUGGUAAUCCUGUGGCUGCCCUGGAUACCCAUUGCUGCUCCAGAAUUCUAUGCUUAAGCAGAACAGCUCUCCCCACAGCCUCCUGAGAACACCGCCCCUUUACCAUCACUGAGGACAAAAGGUUGCGAAAGAGUGUCAGCUAUGAGCAAAUCUAUACAGCUAAGAGGAUGCAACUCAACCUUCUGUCUCAGGACAACACCUGGGGAGAUCCAAGUUCGACUUGAGGCUGAUGGCAGAGACAAGGCCCAACAAUCUUGAGGCUGGAGCAAUUCUACAAUCACCUCCUGCCCUCACUUCUGGCUACAGCAGUCUGUUGUCAGGGACACAGCUGCCUCCACUUCCUCUCCCAAAGCCAGUGCAGUGGCUUUCACAUUCAAUGAGGAGGACCAGAGCAACCUACAUCACCAGAUCUCAGAAGUAACGCCAAUAUGCCAAAGCACAGGCGCUCAGUCAGGAGCCGGGGGACAGAGGACAGGGCUGAGCAGAGAAGCUACUGCCAACAUGACCCGGAAAGCCAGUGGGCCAAAGUGCCCGCCUUCAGCCAUCUCUGUGGGCUCCGAAACACAGACACUACAGCCACUGCACCAAGCCCUGGGAAAGGGUGUACCCCUAUCUGAAGUUCCGCCAGUCUGUCGACAUCCCCUCUCCUGGGGACAGAAGACCCCGCCCACUUGCCUACCCUUCUUCAAAUAGCAAAGUCUUCAAUCCCACCCAGCAAGAGAUGCUGGCUCUCCAAACCCAGCCAGAGAACAGCCAUCCUGGUGUUCAGCAGCAGGGGGUUGCUUUGCAGGAGUCAGAAGCCCAGGAGGAAAUAGCCCCAGGAGAUAUUAAAUACCGCCUGGAGCUCUUUCCCAAGGCUCCACUCCCCAUGCAAUCCCCAAGCUACUUCAGCCAGCAGUGCAAGCCUCAAUGGCUCCCCUUCAGCACAACCUACGGAGAAUGCUACAAGCCCUGGAAGAUGGAGCCUGUGACUUACCACGGGGAGAAGUCCUCGUAUUCAGGUGACGAGCACAUGAGCAGUACUCAUCAGAUUUCCUUCCACAACCCUCCUCUUGGUCAGUUGAUGUUCCCAGUUCACAUUCAGGGCAGAAAAAUAGCACCAACAGUGCAUCCAGGCUACAUGGAGAGUAUCAGCCAGUAUCAAAGUGACUUUCAAGCCCCAGGAUGGAGUGAAGUCCUCAGACCUGGCCCAGACAGGAACAGCCAGGGAAUCAACAAAUAUAUCUACACUAUGCAAAAGGACACUGCCCCUAGCCAGCCACCCACUGUGCAUCAGCAUCAGAAGCCAAGCUGGCCGACGCAACAGAUGGCCAUCCUGGGCGGGAAGAGCACUGCCAAGUUUGAUGAAAACACAGUGACCAGGCCACUUACAGACUCUGAUGUCUCCCUGACCAGAGAGGUAAAAAGAGUCAAGGGUAAGUUCCCCUCUAGCAUGCUCAGGGUCUUCAAAGCCAAGUUCCAAACUGAAAUUACCAGCAAGCAAUUCUCCCAGGACUGCGGAACUCAGCCCCAAGUACGCUAUGGAGACCCUCAUUACAGAGGCUAUGAGAAGCCCCUGAUAAGAACUCCUGCCGUGGGCAGGGGACAUCCCCUGGACGCUCCCUUCACCUCUCACCUUGCUACAAAGGGGAUGGGUUCACAGGCACCAGCCAAGGAUCAAACUACCACCAGGACCCCCUACAUGCCCUUGUUUUCUGAAAAGGGGAAACUGUGUAAGCCCAAGGUCAACAGCAUCAAAUGUGAGGCAAACAAUUUAUCUACUGAGCAAAGAAAAACAUUCAGGUACAAAGGAGAGACUGAGUCACUCCCAGAUACAGUAACGUCAUUCGAGUAUGGCAAAAGAAAGCCAGUGUCAUAGGGGAGACAUGACUCAGCUCCAGCCUGGCCCCAUAAUCUCUCUGCCUAUUUUUACAGGCCAGUCCAGCUGCCUAAAAGCUCAGCUCCAGCAGUAUUUAUACCAACAACAAGACUCAAAACUUAAAAAAAACAAAAAAAGUUGGGAAGAAAACUACCCAAAGAACCUGUGCAAAAAUGCAGUUCAGGGCACAUGUCUCCUCACCAGCUCAAACUUAAAAUCCAAGUCUCAAGAUAGCUACCUCACAGGCUAGACGCUGCUUUCUCACUGGGAUUCCCUGCCACACACUAACCCUCACGCAGCACUCUGACACUAACUGAGGAGGCGGAAUAACCUCCUUAGAAAGGAACGAUGCACCCGGUGUCCUAGAAAGUCAAUGCGCUCCAGGAAACUUGAAGGAAAAAGAGGUUAAAGCAUCUCUCUUACUAAUGAGUCAAUGGCAAAGCAUCAAGACUUCUCCAGCCAGUACCAUCGAUUAAUUAUAUCCUAUUUGAGCUAUGGUGUCUGCUCACUGCUGCUUUUUUUCUUUACAUUUUUUGAGAUAUAAUUCAAAUACCAUAAAAUUCACCCUUUUAAAGUGUA